UUUACAACUUGUUAUAAAAUAUCGAUAGAUAUCGAAUGAAUAGAGGUAUAAUCUAAUAUAUCUGUAACGUAUAAUAUUAGCCGGUUAUAAUUGUCGCCAUAAUUACCGCCGUGUGCUGUACGCGAUGACAAUCCAGUAGUUAUUAAAAAUAUAAAAAUUAAUUACACAGUGAAAGAGAAGAAAGAGAAAUUAUACGUGAGGAAUAUUUGAAAAAAUCGUCCGUGAACCGAGUGUGUGGAAGAAGAAUUUGCAAGGAAAAUUCAUUGCGUCUGAAUUGAGCCACAUAAAAUAAAAAUUUUCGUUCUAAAUGAUAAAGCAUCGAGUAACGCAAGGAUUUCUCGAAACUUCGGUGAAUUUUACCGGUUAGGAAAAGGAAAAUAACAAAAUAUAAAAAACGAAGGAGAGCUCCAAAAAGUUUGCACAGUGCACUGAGUGGUUUUGCCGUAUAACGAGUUGAGUGUGCGCCGAGAUUAAUUUGCGGCGAAAAAGAAGUGUGCUUAAAAGCAGAGACUUGCAUCCCGAAAGGCGCCAGCAUUUCCUCCCCCAGAGGAUUGUCCAGUGAUCGUAUCCCGUAGCCGCAUGAAGAUGGACCUCGGCGAGGAGGAAACGGAAAUUGGGGGAACCCAGCACGGGCAUCAUCCGCACUACACGACUUACGCGAAGCACGACUCCAACGGCGGCGGCAGGGGCGGCGUUCGUGGCGGGGGCGGCGGAGGCGGGGACGGGGGCGAGAGAAGGAUGGUGGACAUCACAAGGGACAAGCCAAUUAAAGUUUCAGUCAGAGUUCAAGUCCCCGUCAGGGAUCAUCCAAAGUUCAACUUCGUGGGAAAACUCUUGGGGCCUAAGGGAAAUUCUCUGAAGCGACUACAGGAAGACACGAUGUGUAAAAUGGCUGUUUUGGGACGCGGUUCGAUGAAGGACAGACAAAAGGAGGAGGAGCUGCGACUCAGUGGCGACGCUAAAUUCUCACACCUAAUGGAGGACCUUCACGUCGAGAUCUCGGCGUACGCAACACCCGCCGAAGCUCACGCGAGGAUCGCUUACGCGCUGGCUGAAGUUCGCCGAUUUUUGGUUCCGGAUUACAACGACGACAUCAGGCAGGAACAAAUGUGGGAGAUGCAGAUCCUAAGCACACAGGGACGUGAGGGCUCGCAGGCUGCAGAGGCACCUUCCAGCCCUGAACUCAGCUCGGACGCGGCGAACUCUCCAACCGCGGCGACCACGGCGGCGUCCAUCGAGGGCCAAGACUCGACUCCAAGACCAACACCGUCGCCGCCGAAUCCAGCGACCCUCAAAACCCAGGGUACCGUUCUUCAGACCGUAACAUCAACGCUAGGGGGCCGGAAGCGACCACUGCUACCUGGAGGUCGUCCAACAAUGUCACCGACGAAGCGGACCGUGAUGUCGCUUUUGGCGCGGGCUCGUGCGGCCCAAAACAAAGAGCCGCUUCCGCCACCACCCUCAAUUGUGGGGGCGGCACACCCUGCGCACCCGACGCACCCUCAGCCUCCGGCACCGCUCAUUCAAGCCGCGCUCCAGCUUCCAGCCGGCGCUUUGCAGCCCGGGACUCAGGCCCCGGUUGGGCCCCAAGUGUCCCAGCUCCAGUUGGCCGCCGCCCAGGCGGCCUCUCCUCACACCACGGCUUCCCAGCGACAGUCUAUCCUGCCGCCACAUACCCAGCACCAAGUCAUACCCCCGGCGAUACAUGGCCUCCUUCACGCGCAUUUCAGGAGGGCCGCCGCUGGGGCGACGGUGGUUCCCAUCCUGCGGGAGGAUUUUAUGGCGGGAGUCAACCUCGUUUAAACUUCUGUUUUCAACAGGUCCAAAAUAUUCGCAUAGUAUAAUUACUUGGCCUGCAGAGUUUAUAGCGGCGAAGUGAUCGUACGCCAAUGCCAAAAAGUAAGAAGAAGAAGAAGAAGAAUAAGAAGAAGAAGCAGAAUACCGAAUUGAGGAAGAGGAAGAAGGAAAAUGAGAGGAAAAAUAACAACGCAUUAAUUAUUAUCGAGUCAAAUAUAAGUACUAUAUAAUAAAUAAAAAACAAAAAAAAAACUACAUCUAAGCGAUUGAAUAGGUAAGCGAUCAUACCUAAUACUAUGUACCUAUAUCUAUCUCUGUCUGCGUUUUCCGGUACCACAAAUAAUAUGAUAUACUUGUAUUCAUAUUAAUGCAAAUUAAUGCUUUUGGAAUUAAAUUAAUGCACACAACGUUACGAAAAGAAUAAAUUAUCUUGCACACACUAAAUAGUGCCGUGUGUUGUAAUAUGUAUAAAAGAAAUUGAAGCAAAGUUUAUAAGUGUAAAGUGAUUGCUUAUUAUUAUUAUAUACAUAUAUAUAUAUAUAUAUA